UAACUAUAACUAACAUAGUCUCAUAGUCGAUUAACACGUCGACAUUGUUUCUCACCCCAGCUUAAUUAGCUUAAUUAAUUCUAAUCUAAGAAGGCUAGCACAAACAGCAUGACAUCAGCUGCGGACGAGUCGGAUGAAUAUUUACAAGGCGACGACUCUGAUGAUUUUUCGGACGAGGAUGUGCGGGCAAAUAGGUGGCACGGUCCUAAGUCCACAUGGCAGCGGUUCAACCACGAGGAGAUAGAUACGUUAACAGCGCUCAAGGAGAUUCGCGACAGGGACCUAUCAGUUCAUUUAUACAAUGCAUUUGCGCUUAAGAACGGUCAUAGGAAAGCGCAAGAUGGACCGGUGCCCAAUAAAGAUAUUAAUGAGGCGACCGGACAGCCAGUUCAACCCGACGACUGGUUACCGCAACGGGCAUGGACGGCUUGGCCUAUGCGCGCCGAUAAAGUGCCACCACCGCAGGACAGCGCCAGGAGUCUAUUGAAUGGUCGGGAUGAUAUAUUCACGUUACGAAAGGCCGUUCGUGAUAUGCCGAGCACGGCCCUAGAAGAGAUCAUCGGCGCCGAAAUCUUAAGGACUGCCAAAGAUAAAUUCAACGCUAGGCCCUGGGUUAAGCCGGAUGUGUGUGAUGAAGAGGUAGAUGUAGAUCCAGAAUUGGAAGAAGGUAUCGACGAUGAGGAUUCGGAUGGAGAGACGGAGGCUUCUACAUCGUCUAGAUAUAAGAAGUCUAGGUCUAGGUCUAGGUCUAAGUCUGCUAAACUCGAAGCCAUGAGUGGUGAUGAAAAGAUGGACGUUGACGAGCGCAAACCUGAAAUCGAUCCUCUUAGAAAGUCGGAUAAGAAACCGAGAUUAAGGCCGGUAGUCUCAACAGACGACGAUUUAUCCUACAAUCUCUUACGCCCAUCCGUUCGGCAUAUCCUCACUAAGCUAGACGCGACACUCACUAUUCUCCAUAAUACACGGGAAUCGGCUCUAAAUUAUCAGUCCGACUCAGCGGACUCAGAAGCGUCAGACACUUCGCAUACUAGCAGCCGAAAGCUACGAUCUAGACAGGGCUCACAGACUCGAACUGAUGGGGAAAAGCGCCAAGGAAGACCACCUGGAUCCCUAUCUAAGAAUCGGUCUCGCAGACGGUCAAGAGUAAGGGAGGUGACAGCACCGCCGGCAGAAGACCCGCCUCAGAAUAAGGAAGAAGGAAAAUCUACUAGGAAGCGAGGUAGACCGAAGAAAGCAUAUCCUCGCCUUGAGGGCGAGACCGACCGGAAGUAUGCCAUCCGCAUCGCAAGAUUGCAGAAAAAGCCGAUCCCCGUAUUUUCUGACGACUCCGAUCCAGAGGCCGACUCUAACGCAGAACACCCAGCGAGAGACAGCGGCAACUCCGGCGACGGGGAAGAGACCACCACCGAGACGGGCCGCGGGAGACUAGCGCGACGAAAGAGAAAGAUGAACAAGGACAGCCGGUCUCCCUCUCAAGCCUCAUCUGCUUCCGGGGGCAAACCCCGUAAUGCUCAAAGAUCCGGACAUUCAAGGACCCGUAUCGGCCUCCGCGACUGGAGAGAUGUUCUCGGCGCUGCGGCACUAGCCGGGUUCCCAGCAGACGCAGUCGACCGCGCAGCAAGACGCUGCGCCGACCUCUUCGGCCAGAGCAUGACGCUGCAUACCCUCGCCGAGGGCCCAGCCGUCUCGUCGUCGUCUGGCCGGAAAGCUCCCCUGGGCAGGGUAACUACGUAUGUUCCUGGAAUGCCGCAACCGCCCUUGCUAGAAGAAGAAGAGGAGGAAGAAGGAGGAGGAAAGAGACAACAGCGCACCCGUUCUAUGAGCAUGGCUGCUCCUAGCGCACUGUCCGGGGAUGAAGCCGGCCCGUCUCAGCGGCGCACACGUAGCCGCUCGCAAUCCCGGUCGCGGUCUAGGUCUGCGUCCGCGGCGCCGGGAUACUUUACGUGUUUAUUCGCGGACUGCCCUCGCGCCGCGGACGGGGAGGGGUUCCUGCGCCGGUAUAACAUGCUGCGACACAUGAAGCUGGUGCACGGGUACGUGCCGUCGGAAGGAGGGGGGAGCGGAGGAGACGAAGCUACGGCGAUGGGGGCGGGGAUGCGGGAGGAGGUAGAUAGCGAGGACGAGAUGCACGGGGCUGUGCAUGUCGAUUGGUUCCUGCGGCCGAUUAAGAUUCGGAGGGGAUGGCGGGCAAACGACGUUAGUGAGGAGUCUAGGACUAGGAGGAGCGGGUAUGGGUAUGCGCGGGGACGGGGGAGGAGUCGGGGGAGAGAUAGGGAGGGAGAGGGAGAGGGAGGGGGGGAGACGGGUGGUGAGGAUGGAGAUGGGGAUAUGAGGAUGGGUGGGAGGAGUGAUUGA